GCCACAGUGACAAACAGCAGCGUACUUCCCGUCAUUUCACCCACACCAUCCCCUGGCAAGGACAACAGCAGCAACAGCAACAACAGCAGCAAUGGCAGCGGUGCAACCGGCGGCGAAGGUGGCACCCCAUCAAGCUUCCUCUCCGCGUUGGCUGACCUCACCACCAUGAUCAUCCCCCCCGCUCCACCUCCAUCCUCUCCCUCCACCCCUCCCGCGCCUUCCUCCCCCUCCUCACCGCCCUCCCCCUUGUCGCCCUCCGCCGCACCACCAUCAAGCCAGGAAAUUGACCCUUCCGCCGCUUCCGUUGCUGCUCCCUCCGACUCCUCCUCCUGGCCCGCCUUCCCGCCCUCUCUUCCAUCGCUCCCCCCCUUGCCCACGCUUCCGUCACUCCCCGCGCUGCCCCCUCUCCCCGCAAUGCCCGUGAUGCCCACGAUUCCAUCCAUGCCCGCUCUGCCCGCACUGCCCGAUGCCAUUGUGCCAGCCAUCUCCUGGCAGAGCAUAGUGGCAGCGAUGAGCACGCUAGUGCACGGCUCCACCACGGACAUAGGCUGGCAGGGCGACGACCCCAAGCUGCCCGCUGUCAGGGACCGCACCGAUCAGUACGCACGCACGCUGCGCCAAGUCAUGCAGGGCAAUCACUCUCUCCCUGACGAUCUCAUUUACCUCCUCAUCCCAGGGCUAUUCAGCAAUCUGAGUCCGCUCUAUCUCUUGGACACCAGGGAGCACUUCUCCUCGCUCGGCCUCACCUGUGAAAUCGCCAAGAUCGACAGCCAGGCGGGUGUGGAGGCCAACGCGCGUGUGCUGCGGGACACAGUGACAGCGCUGCUGGCGGGGAAGGCGGACGAGGGCGAGGAGAUCUACGCACAUGGCUUCCCUUCCCAGGAGAGUGGCACCAGUGGUACCAGUGGCAACGGCAAUGACAGGCAAGGGAGUAGCGGAGCUGCUGUCGGGGACGAGAAGAGUGCCAAACGACAGAGGGGCACAGCAAGGGUGGGCUGGACGCAGCAGCAGCACUAG